AGGAAAGAGAAGGAGUUUAAAGCAAAUCUUUCUUCCAGUUCUUGUACUUGAUGUUACAACAGAUGAAAUGGAAAAAGUUGUAAUAUGUAUCAUCCUUCUGGGUAUCAUCUCAGGUGUAACUGAAGGAGCUGGUGUGUUGCCAGAUGGUCCUCUUAAUGCAGCUGUGGGAGGGAAAGUGACUUUCACCACAACACUGACUCCACCAGAAAAACCUUUUCCAUCUGUCAGCUGGAGCUUUGGUGUCAUAAAUAUAAUCACUUCAAAUACAGAAAACACAACUUCAGCAGAGUAUAUAGACAGGAUCACCUACUUCCCAUCUACUGCAUCUCUGGAGCUCAGGAAUCUGACUCUUAGUGACAGUGGAGUAUACACAGUUGUCAUUAUACCAUCUGUAGGAGCACAACAACUAGGAACCAUCAGACUGGAUGUAUAUGAGCCAGUCUCCAAUGUAACAGUAACUCCUAUGAGUUCAGACUUGGUGGAGUUCAACAGCUCUGUCCGUCUGUCCUGCUCCUCCUCUGGAUCCUCCCUCUCUUUCCUCUGGAUGAACGGCAGCUCUCAGGUUACACAAAGUGACAGAGUUGAUCUCACUGAUGGAAACUCCACUUUGACUAUAGUCAAUGUGACUCGCUAUGACCAGGGACCAUUCAGGUGUCACGUGUUCAAUCCUGUCAGUAAUGACAUCAGUGGUCCAGUAAACCUCUCCAUCAGCUAUGGUCCAGAAAACAUUAAACUGACAUUACUGUCAUCACAAAAAUACUAUGAAGAAGGAUCAGACUUCACCAUGAUCUGCUCAGCUGAAUCUAGACCUUCUGCUCAGUUUAUGUGGUUUGUGAAUGGAGUGAAGCUGUCAGAUACUGGACCAGAGCUCAGACUGAUGAACAUUCAGAUGAGUCAGAGUGGAAACUACAGCUGUCAGGCCUUUAACCACAAAACUCUGAGAUAUCAAACAUCUCAGCCUUCGACUAUUUCUGUACUGGAGAAAAUAUCAGGAGCUUCUCUCCAUCCAUCAACAAAUGUUCCACUUAUGGAGGGAAACUCUUUCAUUUUGACUUGUGAAGCUUCUGGCUCUAUCGUCACCAGAAACUGGAGGAAGGAUGGUUCAGCUCUGAUCCUGACUGACAACAUGACUCUUCACGACUACAACAAAGUGUUGAAGUUUAACACUGUGACUAGAAAAGACAGUGGAGAAUAUUUCUGUAACAUCAGCAACCCCAUCAGCAGUGAUGGAGCUAAAUACAACAUGAUGGUUAACUAUGGACCAGAGAAGGUUCAAAUCACAGGUCCAAGUCAGAUACGUAUGAAAGAGAAGUUUAAACUGACCUGCUCUGUUGAGUCCACACCAGCUGCCACUUACACCUGGAUGUUCAAUGGAAGUGAGAUACUCAAUGAUUCUGCUGAGUUCAUUAAAGAGGCUGAACUCUCUGACAGUGGCAGCUACACCUGUCAAGCAACGAAUGAUAUAACUGGGAAAACAUCAUCAGUGGAGCAUGGAUUGACUGUAACAGAAGCUGCAGGUCUCUCAGCUGGUGCCAUCGCUGGAAUAGUAAUCGCAUGUUUGAUAGUUUGCUUUGCAGGAGCAGCUGGAGGCUUUUAUAUGUAUAAAAGAAAGUAAGUGAAAAUUUACCUUCACACUAUUUCAAGUCAGA